GGAAUUUUUUUUUUCUCUCUUGUUUUUUCCAUCUUGGUUACAGAUCAUAUCAGCUAAAUUAAUUUCGUGCAUUUAUUCUCAUUUUUCUCUUUCUACGUCCCUCUUUACGAUCUGGAUUGACUUGAUCAAUUUUUGAUCGGGGGGUUUAUAUUCAGAUUCUGGAUUAGUUUUUGGUUUUUGGGUUAAUUUAGAAGAAUUAAUUUGUUUGAUGGGUGCCAACGUAUCUGGGGAUAGAUCGGAUUGUGAUGGAGAUAGUCCUUCUACGUCGUACAGGCUUAGACUUGGGGAUAUACCGGAAAGCUGUGUGGCAUUGGUUUUGAUGCGGUUAGACCCGCCGGAAAUAUGCAAUUUGGCUCGCUUGAAUCGGGCUUUCCACGGUGCUUCUCUCGCUGAUUUCGUCUGGGAAUCUAAGUUGCCUUCCAAUUAUGGGUUUAUUGUAGAAAAAGUGCUCCAAGACACAACCUUGUUCAAUUUGGCAAAAAGGGAACUUUAUGCAAGGUUGAGCAAGCCUAAUUCUUUUGCUGAUGGCACAAAGGUGGUAUGGUUGGAUAAGAAUUCAGGUGGGGUUUGCUUAUCAAUUUCUUCGAAGGCGUUAACAAUUACUGGGAUUGAUGACAGGAGAUACUGGAGUCACAUUUCCACAGAGGAAUCCAGGUUUCGUACAGUUGCAUACCUUCAACAAAUUUGGUGGUUUGAAGUAGGGGGAGAACUGGAGUUUCAAUUUCUGGUAGGGACAUAUAGCCUAUUCUUCAGACUCCAGCUUGGGAGGUCAUCAAAAAGGCUUGGUCGUCGGGUUUGUAAUUCCGAGCACAUUCAUGGCUGGGACAUAAAACCUGCACAGUUUCAGCUAACAACUUCUGAUGGUCAACAGGCUUCAAACAAGUGUUAUUUGGACAAUCCUGGGAACUGGGUUCUUUACCAUGUGGGAGAUUUUGUUAUCAGGAAUCCUAAUGUAUUGACAAAGAUCAAAUUCGCAUUGACUCAGAUUGAUUGCACUCACACCAAAGGAGGGCUAUGUGUGGAUGCUGUUUUAAUAUAUCCCAGUAGCUUAAAGAAAGAGGUUACAACGUGUCUGCAAGGAUAGAGAGCUGUAAACAUCCGAGUGUAAAUUCUGGUUGGUUCUAUUGCAUCCCUGUCCUGCACCCCAAGUCUGAUUCUGCAUCCAACUUUUAACAAGUUUAGACUGUUCUAUUAGUACAGCAAAUAUGCAUUUCUUAUUUUAUAGCGACUUAACAAAUCUUGGUUUAUGCAGGAAGUCAAGCUCUUACCGCUGUCAUGUUCAUGUAUUGCUUAUAUUUUCCUGCUGUUGAGUAGCAAACCGGAUGGGACCAGAAAUGGCCAUUUUCUUUGCUGUCAAAGAUAUAUGAUCAAUGGAGGGAUUCCACAGGUUGCUGAGCCUGAGACAGUGCCCAUUUGGUUGCUAAAACCAAUAGCACAGGAAUAUGUAUAAUGAUACAUGAUCAUCAGCAACAGGUUCUUUGUAAGAUAUGUUUGCAGAUUGCUUUGAGUUUUUUUAUGACAUUGCAUUUUGCGGCUUUAUAGUGAAAGGGAGAGGUUAUUCAUUUGGGUGUAAAAUGAACUAUAGGAGUAUGUUGUUUUGGAACAAGCUUUGGGAACAACGGUUAACAGAGUUCCAGUAGUGUAUGUUUCCUUGGGGCUCCUUCGUCCCUUUAUAUGUUUGCUAUGUUUUGAAAAAGAUGAACUUUUGUUCUCAUUGUAGUUUAUGGGAUUUUUGGUGUGGACAAUGGAGUGUAACUGCAGCACUUAAGCUUUUGAUUCUCAGUCCCCAAAUUCCUUUCAAGAGAAGUAAGAAAAAGCAAAACUAAAA